CGCGGCGCUCGCCACUCCGAGGCUGGCCGCCCCGAUUCCGGCCGCGUCCCCCCGUCCCCCCUCCGCUGCCGGGCUUCGCCUCCUGGUUUUGCCGGGCCCUUCAGCCCGCACAACUUCUGGCAGAGCCCAGCCGGCAGAGGCAGACUUGGGGCUGGAGUGUUUGUUUGUUUGAACUUCCUUGUCGUCGCCACCUUCCCUCCCCCCAACCUCCGCCCCCUACCUCACCCCCCUCCCCAGCUUCUGGACGCGUUUGACUGCAGCCAGGGGUGGGGGGUGGGGGUAGGGAGUGUAUGCAGAGGGGAGGGAGAAGAGGUUAAAAAAAAAGAAGACGAAGAAGACGGAAAGAAAGAGAUCGCAGCAGGGGUGAAGGGAGCGGACGGGAAGCGAUUUUUGCGGACUUUGGAUUCGUCCCCGGCGUGCGCAAGAAUGGCGGCCCUUCCCGGCACCGUACCGAGAAUGAUGCGGCCAGCUCCGGGGCAGAACUACCCCCGCACGGGAUUCCCUUUGGAAGUGUCCACCCCACUUGGCCAAGGUCGGGUCAAUCAGCUGGGAGGGGUCUUCAUCAACGGGCGACCGCUGCCUAACCACAUCCGCCACAAGAUAGUGGAGAUGGCCCACCAUGGCAUCCGGCCCUGUGUCAUCUCCCGCCAGCUGCGCGUCUCCCACGGCUGCGUCUCCAAGAUUCUCUGCCGCUACCAGGAGACCGGGUCCAUCCGGCCUGGGGCCAUCGGCGGCAGCAAGCCCAGACAGGUGGCGACUCCGGAUGUGGAGAAAAAGAUCGAGGAGUACAAGCGGGAAAACCCAGGCAUGUUCAGCUGGGAGAUCCGGGACCGGCUGCUGAAGGACGGGCACUGUGACCGAAGCACUGUGCCCUCAGUGAGUUCGAUUAGCCGCGUGCUCAGAAUCAAGUUCGGGAAGAAAGAGGAGGAGGAUGAGGCAGACAAGAAGGAGGACGACGGCGAGAAGAAGGCCAAACACAGCAUCGACGGCAUCUUGGGCGAUAAAGGGAACCGGCUGGAUGAAGGCUCGGACGUGGAGUCGGAACCUGACCUCCCGUUGAAGCGCAAGCAGCGCCGCAGUCGGACCACAUUCACGGCCGAGCAGCUGGAGGAGCUGGAGAAGGCCUUUGAGAGGACCCACUACCCAGACAUCUACACCCGUGAGGAGCUGCUGGAGAAGGCCUUUGAGAGGACCCACUACCCAGACAUCUACACCCGUGAGGAGCUGGCGCAGAGGACCAAGCUGACCGAGGCGCGUGUGCAGGUCUGGUUCAGCAACCGGCGCGCCCGUUGGCGUAAGCAGGCAGGAGCCAACCAGCUGGCAGCAUUCAACCACCUGCUGCCAGGAGGCUUCCCGCCCACCGGCAUGCCCACGCUGCCCCCCUACCAGCUGCCGGACUCCACCUACCCCACCACCACCAUCUCCCAAGAUGGGGGCAGCACUGUGCACCGGCCCCAGCCCCUGCCACCGUCCACCAUGCACCAGGGCGGGCUGGCUGCAGCGGCUGCAGCUGCCGACACCAGCUCUGCUUACGGGGCUCGCCACAGCUUCUCCAGCUACUCCGACAGCUUCAUGAACCCGGCGGCGCCCUCCAACCACAUGAACCCGGUCAGCAACGGCCUGAGUCCGCAGGUGAUGAGCAUCUUGAGCAACCCCAGCGCGGUGCCCCCGCAGCCACAAGCCGACUUCUCCAUCUCCCCGCUGCACGGAGGCCUGGACCCGGCCACCUCCAUCUCAGCCAGCUGCAGCCAGCGGGCCGACUCCAUCAAACCCGGAGACAGCCUGCCCACCUCCCAGGCCUACUGUCCACCCACCUACAGCACCACCGGCUACAGCGUGGACCCCGUGGCUGGCUAUCAGUACGGCCAGUAUGGCCAGACUGCUGUUGAUUACCUGGCCAAAAACGUGAGCCUCUCCACCCAGCGUCGCAUGAAGCUUGGGGAGCACUCUGCUGUGCUGGGACUCCUGCCUGUGGAAACUGGACAGGCCUACUAGGGCCCCCGGGGCAACUCGCCCCCGCCCAAUUCCCAGCCCAAGCCUAACCGACCCCUGAGCCUCCCAGCCUUGCUCCCUCAUCCCCCUGGGGUCCCAGGAGGCCAGGAAAGGAGCCCACCCGCUUCUCAUCACCGGCCCCCUGGAGGUAGACGGCCAGCUUGUCACUCACCUGUUGGUUAGGGAUCCAGAGUGAUGCCCUUGGAGUCUGCUCCCCACUCUCCCCCAGGAGGGUUUCUGGUUGUCCUGCAGCCCUCCCUGUCAAAUCCCAUGGUGGCCUCUGUGCCAACUCAGGCAUGGAGAUCGAGGCCCGCCCUAAACACCUGGGGCACCCAGAGGAGGACAGUGCCUGAGAGGAGGUCCUGCAGCCCUUUGGACCCAGCUCCAGUGGGUGACCUAGCUAGAGAGGGAGGUGAAGCUUUCAGGGCUGCUCUCAGCUGGUUGUACUGGGAGCCACCCUUCCAAGGUGGGUCUCUGGCUCAGUGUCAGAACCACAGCCCUUUCCUCCUCUAGACAUUGGGACUCCAGCAGUGAGGGGACCCUGGCUCUGGGGUCUUCCCAGAGGAGUCAGCAGGGAGACAGUCUCACCCCCACCCAGAAAUUUGAAGGACUUCAGAACGCUCCCCCCACACCUCUACUGGGUGCACAGGGAAAUCUAACACAAGCAGGGAGACUGGGGAGGCCAAGAAGAGUCUUAACCAGAAGGCAGGGCCAUAUGGGGGUGGGGCUUGUCAGCCAUGGGCCCACCCAGGUUACAUGGACCCGACUCAGGCAUCUAGAAGCAGAGGGCUCCUAGCCUGAAGCCCAAGUUCCCACCAUGUCCUCCCCAUCUAGGGCCUGGGGAGCCCACAGAACUUUUCAAUUUCCUCAUUAGCUGGAUCAGAUGAGAUGGAGAGGGGAUCAAGUCUUGAGGAAACAUGAGUGGAGGGGCAUGAAGUGGGCUCAGAAGGGGCUCUCAUAACCAGGUCCCUUUGCUUGUGGGAGGGCAAGCCUUUUUUUGCCCAAGGCUUCAGCUCUCUGCUUGCAAGUUCAUACCCCAGGGAGUUGAAAUUUUGCCCAAAGUCUCCCACAGAGAUCCAGGCCCAUGCUCACCAUGUCCCAUCCUCUAGGAAGAGGUCUCCAUCUUCCCCAAACCCCUCUCAGCUUCUGGGGAUGCAGAGAGCAACCCUCAGAGCUUUGGAGGAGGGUUCUAGACUGGGCAGGAAUUGUUUGCCCCAAGACAAGGCUACAAAUUCCCCCCGGCAUGUCGGUAGGGACAUAUCCCACUGUCCCACCCAGAGUGGCAUCUUUCCAUGUUGCCUCCCUCUUGGCCAAGGAGCCUAUGUCUCCUGAUCCAGCACAGCUUAGCUGGGGCAGCUGGGGCCAGUUUUCAAGCUACCAUCCCUAAGCAGGGGAAGAUGUCAACAGUUUCAGAGCAGAGGGAAGAGGCAGCUUCCUUGACCACACCAGCGGCCUCCUGAAGUACCAUUCUCUUAAAAGCUGGAACCUUGAGGGGGUGAUUCAAACCCCCGACUCCCCCUCCCUGGGAACUUUUUACCGCCAUUACCUAUUUAUCAAAAUCAUAUUUGUCUUUACCAUCACUGUCACUGUAAUCCACAUUCCAUCACCAUUAUCAGGCGCUGCUGGGUACAAAGUACUUGGGAUGGGAGACACAGCACUGAAUUCACACACAUUGGACCAAAUUGCUUGUCCCCACCUGGAUUCCUGAGGCCACCUCUUUGCUCAGUCCAUGCCUCUUGCCCUCAGCCAACAAGACAUUCCUAAAGGGAAGGGCUGCUGCUCUGGGAGUCAAUCUGAGUUCCUCCUUCCUGGGGAGCUGGUUUGGCAAGAUCCUAGGACACUCGCCUGCAUGGACGUCACCUCUGUGACAAAUGCUCAUCCACUUCUCAUCUUCAGAGUCAGUGAUAUCAAGCCUUUCCUGGACCAUGACCAGGUUGGUUCAUAUCUCUGGUUUAGAGGAACCUAUGAAUAGCUGGGGACAAACAGACCCUUUGGUAGCAGCGGACACGUGUGACCCAUCAAGGUCAACCAAGGUUGCAACUGGAGCAUCCACUGCGGGAGACCUUUGGUUCUUCAAGCUCAGGCAAAAAAGAAGACUCUGUUGUCCCUUGGUAGCCCAGUCCCUGCUUUUAUAACUAUCACAGCAGAAAGCAGCUCUUCCUGAAGACCAAAUACUCUUCAUCCACAUUCCCUGAACGGUCAGUCCUUCCCCUGGAGGCCUGGCUCAGAAAGUGUCUGAGUCUCCUGACACCCUCUGUGACUCAGGAGCAGAGAUCUCAGGCAGGUGACAUCAAAACCACCCAGCCCCACCCCCAGGAGGUGAUGUUUCCGUGCUAGGACCAAUCCCAGAUAUCUGGCCCCAAUGGUGAAAUGGAACUAAGACCUGCUUGGAAAUAAACCAAAUGAUUUCUCAUGAUGUUGAAGAUAAGUUCUCCCAAGCCACUGUCUUGGUAGAAAAUGGGACUUAUUCCUUGAGGGGCCCCACCCCCUUCAGAAAGAGGCCCUUGACCCCCUGAUAGGUUCUCUCUAAAACCCGUAUACUAAUGUGUCUGGCCAACUUGGGCUAUAAAAUUCAGCCUUGGGUUGGCAGCUCGAAACAGCACCAGAGAGGAGAUAUUGGACGGAAGACACAAGGCCUCCAUGUCUCUGGGGCUGACCACAGCCUGAGAAAGAAGGUCUGGGUUUCAGCGGCCAGGCUGUCCCAGAAACAACCCCAUCCAUCCCUGUAAAUAGAGUCUGUAGCAAAAUAAGAGCUGCUUCCUCCAACUUAAUCACAAGUCGCUGUUGGUCCUCUCUGAGGAGGGCUCUCUUUUGAGUUCAUUGUACAUUAGUUGGAAAUGUGGUGAUGUGCUGUUCGUUUAUAGAAAGUUGACUUUUUAUAAAUAUAUAUAUAUAUACUAAAAAAGGAAAGAAAUCCCCCACAGUGUGUGUCGUGCUAGUGCCAGGAACCAUCUGUAGGGAUAUAUCUUCAUAUCGUGUGUUUCAAAUUAUGCAUUCCAGGCUCUGUUGGGUUCUUUCAUUCUUGUUCUUUUAUUUUUUCAUUUGGUAUUUCUCUCUUGCUAUAUAAAGAAAAAAAGAAGUGAUGUGUAAGCACCAAGCUAUGCUUUUAUACUUCCAUUUUAUACUUGAUUUACCUUUGUUGUUCUUUUGCCAGAGGAACAUGAAAGGGCAGAGCAAACAGAGAACUAGGGGGAUAAGAGAGAAGGAAAGAAGGAUGGAGAGAGAGGUUUGCCCAGAGGGAAAAUGAAAAGAGUCAGACUGGAAAUCUGACUCUGGCUUAAGAACAGGACAGGUCCCAGACUUUGACCACACUGUCAGCAUCCAGUGUUUUAAGGUGGAGUUGGUGAAGCAUCCAAGAGUUUGGAUCCUGGGACUCGGUGAAACUCCAUUACCCAACGAAGAAGAUGUUCUCUAGGGCCUCUCUCAGGCUGAUGUGCUUCUCAUCAAGCUCCCGAAUGUGUCUCGCACUAUUGGACACUUUUUGGGGGUACACAGGUCUUCUCUCUUCCCCUCCUGCAGAGGCACCAAACCAAGACCAAAUGGGGGUUCUCUAGCUGCCAACUUGAAACGCUCCGAGACUUCUGUGUAUUUGAUGCUUCUUCAAGUCAACGCUGACAUGGCCAAUUCCCUGACCUGGGAAAUAUCUACAUAGUACUCUAGAUCAUUCCUCCUUCCUAGUAACUGCAACUUUGUUGCUUCCGUGUUUGACUCACAGCCAUUUCCCCCAUGCGGAAGUGAGUGGGUGUGUGAGAGCGUGAGUGGGGUGUGUGUGUGGGCGUGUGGGUGUGAGGUAUGUGUUUAAAUAUAAUCGCAACAUAAUUUAUUCAGCUAUAUGGAGUAGUAGACUAGAAAGAUAAACUGGUAUUUGCUUUAACUACCUGCUGCUUGUAAGCGCUUCCUCUGUAACUCAGGCGUAACUGUUAUACAUUAAAAUAAAUUAAAAGCA